ACUUUGAUUUCCAGGAUGCCUGUCAAGUGGAUUUCUACUCUGCUCCUGCUGCAAAUGGGUUUCUGCAUCAGAUCUGGGAACUGUGGGAAGGUGUUGGUGUGGCCAAUGGAAUACAGUCACUGGAUGAAUUUAAAGAUAAUACUGGAUGAACUUGUGCAGAGGGGCCAUGAAGUCACUGUUCUGAGACCUUCAUCUUCCAUCUUUCUUGAUCCCAAAAAAGCAUCUGGUCUUAUAUAUGAAACAUUUCCUACAGCUUCUAAUAAUGUUGAAGUAGAAAAGUUUUUUACCCAGUGGGUGAAUACAUGGACAUAUGAUGUGCCAAAAGAUACAUGUUUGAGAUACUACCCCUCAUUGAACAUAAUGUUUCAUCAAUUUUCUGACUUGUGGUUAAGGCUUUGUAGAGAAGUAGUUUCAAACAAAGGACUUAUUGAAAAACUAAAGAAAUCUAAGUUUGAUGUUGUUCUUUCAGAUGCCGUUGGUCCCUGUGGUGAGCUUAUAGCUGAGCUAUUGCAGUUACCUUUUGUGUACAGUCUUCGCUUUGGUAAUGGUUAUGGGAUUGAAAAGUACAGUGGGAGACAACUCUUCCCUCCUUCUUACGUACCUAUUAUUUUAUCAGGAUUAAGUGGUCAAAUGACAUUCAUGGAGAGAGUAGAAAAUAUGAUAUGUUUACUUUAUUUUGACUUUUGGUACGAGUCAUUUCCUGCUAAGGACUGGGAUCCAUUUUUCAGUGAAAUUUUAGGAAGACCCACUACUAUGGUUGACACUAUGAAGAAAGCAGAAAUGUGGCUCAUUCGGUCCUACUGGGACUUGGAGUUUCCUCGCCCAUCCUUACCAAACAUUGAGUUUGUUGGAGGACUCCACUGCAAACCUGCCAAGCCAUUGCCUAAGGAAAUGGAAGAGUUUGCACAGAGCUCAGGCGAACAUGGUGUGGUGGUGUUUUCCCUGGGGUCGAUGAUCAGGAACAUAACACAAGAAAGGGCCAACACAAUUGCAUCAGCCCUGGCGCAGAUUCCACAAAAGGUUCUUUGGAGAUUUGAGGGCAAGAAACCAGACACCUUAGGACCCAAUACUCGGGUGUUCAAGUGGAUGCCCCAGAAUGACCUUCUUGGUCAUCCAAAAACUAAAGCUUUUGUAACUCAUGGUGGAGCCAAUGGCAUCUAUGAGGCGAUCCAUCACGGAGUCCCCAUGGUUGGCAUCCCUUUGUUUGCAGAACAACAUGACAAUAUUGCCCACAUGGUGGCCAAAGGAGCAGCUGUUUCUGUAGACUUCCAUACAAUGUCCAGCUCAGAUUUGCUCAAUGCACUGAAGGCUGUCAUCAAUAACCCUUCCUAUAAAGAGAAUGUGAUGUGGUUGUCAACCAUUCACCAUGACCAGCCUAUGAAGCCCCUAGACAGAGCAGUCUUCUGGAUUGAGUUUGUCAUGCGUCACAAAGGGGCCAAGCACCUGAGACCACUUGGCCAUAACCUCACCUGGUACCAGUACCACUCUCUGGAUGUGAUUGGAUUCCUACUCACCUGUGUGGUGGCCAUUGCUUUCCUUGCUGUAAAAUGCUGUCUGUUUGUUUACCGGUUCUUUGUAAAGAAGAGAAAGAAUAAAAAAGACUAGGGCUCUUUAAGAAGGAAGGCUCUGAUCUGUGGUCAUGAUGGGUAAUACUAUUCUAUUCAAUGCUAGAACUAUGUAUCAGAUGCUUCUUGUUUUAAAAGGAAUUGAGCUACUUGAUCUAUCUACAUAUUUUACUCCAUAAGUUAAGAAAUUAACCAUUUUAAAUUUUUAUCUUCUUACAUAAGUUGUUUUUGUGUUGAUUUAUCAAUGUAAUAAUGCUGAGAAUAAUAACCUCUGAAACACCAACUUGUUUAUGGGAGAAGAAUAGGAAGUAUCAAGUUUUUAUUGUGAACUUUCAGAUAUCAUUUUCAAAAUAAAAUUGAAUAAAAUGGACUAUCAGUGUCUGCAAAAAGAAAAAGAAGAACAUGAUCCAUUUCUAAAGUAAUAAGGCAAAAUAAAUAGACAGGUAGAUGGUAGGUAGAUAGAUAGAUGAUAUAGACAGACAGACAGACAGACAGACAGACAGAUAUAUGAUCGAUUCCUUUAAAAAGUAACAAAGCAGGUUUUAUUGAAACUACUACAGUAAAGGAAAGAGGGUUCAUAACACAUACACAAUCAGAAAACACUACCAACAACAAAACAACAAAAACAGUGAAUACAAAGUGAAGUUUAAAGAACACUAAAACACAAGUAGAGGGGAAUUAAAGAAAUGGGAAUUUUUAAAAUGCCUUGGAGUAAGGGAAAAAAAAUUUCUUAAAUGUCCUAACAAUAGAACAGUGUACAGUUCACAGUUUCACAGAGGCAUAGGUGCGUGCAGUCAACGUUGAAAGUUAAAUCCUCUUUAAAGACAGACUCCAUGACAAAAUACAAGUGUAAGCCUAAAGUUGAUCUAGUCUAGGUACAAGUCCUAUCUGCUACAUGAGGAUAAAAAUAAAUAUUUUUCUUUUCUUUUUUA